AUGGCACAAGAAAAGGCUUCAAACUGUGGGCACAUAGUGGCAUUCCUCAUUGUCUUCUUAACUGUGGUCUCGAGUGGCUCUGCGUGGAUUGGUGUGAAUUGGGGAACCAUGGCAUCCCACCAGCUUCCACCUGAGAAGGUGGUUAAGAUGCUUAAGGAAAAUAGGUUCCGCAAAUUGAAGCUGUUUGAUGCAGAUGAGUGGAUUAUGGCAACUCUUAUGGGAACUGAUAUCGAGGUCAUGCUUGCAAUACCCAAUAACAUGUUGGACAAAAUGAGUAACAGUCCCAAAGCUGCAGAUUCUUGGGUUUAUGAAAAUGUCACCAGUUACUUGUUCUCUGGUGGUGUCAAUAUCAAGUAUGUUGCCGUGGGUAAUGAACCUUUUCUUAAAGCAUACAAUGGCAGCUAUCUAAAGAAAACUUUGCCAGCUCUUAAGAAUAUACAAGCAUCACUGAAUAAUGCUGGGCUAGAAUCAAAGGUCAAAGUAACUGUUCCAUUCAAUGCUGAUAUUUACUAUUCACCAGACUCAAAUCCAGUGCCAUCAGCUGGUGACUUCAGGCCUGAAGUACGAGACCUCACUAUUGAAAUAAUAGAAUUCUUAUAUUCAAACAAUGCACCUUUUACAGUUAAUAUCUACCCUUUCCUUAGUCUAUACGGAAAUGAUAAUUUUCCCUUUGAUUUUGCAUUUUUUGAUGGAAAUAACAAGCCUCUUAGAGAUGGUAAUGCACUUUACACCAAUGUUUUUGAUGCAAAUCUUGAUACUCUUCUGUGGGCUGUAGACAAGGCAGGGUAUCCUGACUUGCAGGUUAUAGUGGGUGAAGUUGGGUGGCCUACUGAUGGUGACAAGAAUGCUAAUGUCCAGAAUGCAAAGAGGUUCGACCUGGGUUUGAUUAAGCAUGUUCUGAGUGGCAAUGGUACCCCUAAAAGGAAAGGCAUAAUUGACUUGUAUCUAUUCAGCCUCAUUGAUGAGAAUGCUAAAAGUGUUGCCCCUGGGAACUUUGAGAGGCAUUGGGGGGUUUUUGAGUUUGAUGGAAAACCAAAGUAUGAAUUAGACUUAACUGGUAAACAUAAGGGAAAGGGCCUGGUCCCUGUGGAAGGUAUAAAGUACCAAGAAAAGAAGUGGUGUAUUUUAGAUCCAGAUGUUACUAACUUGGAUGAUUUGGCUGACAGUAUUGACUAUGCUUGUAGCCUAUCUGAUUGUACUGCCCUUGGCUAUGGCUCUACCUGUAAUAAUCUAAGUCUCCAAGGGAAUGCAUCUUAUGCAUUCAAUAUGUAUUAUCAAGUAAAUGACCAGAGGGAUUGGGACUGUGAUUUCUCUGGUUUGGCUAUCAUAACACAUGAGGAUCCAUCAGAAAAGGGUUGUCAAUUCCCUGUGAUGAUUGCUCAUGGUUCUUCUUUGCUACUACAUGGAGGGCUUUCUUACAUCCUAAAGAAAGCUUUAGAGCGUUUGGAGCAUCCUGGGACUCCAACUAGACAGUUUUGGGCACUUUCCUCUUGA